UUUCUUCAUUUUUGCAAGAACAAGAAAACCAAAUAUCUUGGAAUUAAGAGAACUAUCAAGGUGAAGGACAUCUACACCAGUUGGAGUUGGUGCAAUCAGACCCUUCCUUAUGGAUUGUGGGCACACUUCUACCAGUAAAUUGGCUGUUUGAUUUGAUUAACAACCUCUGAAUUGCUGUAAGAAUCUGGUGAAUGAUCUUUGGUUGAAGAAUUGUCACCAAAACCUGAGUGCAAAUUACAAACUGCAGAAUUUUCCAGUUCAAGAAAAAAGGGAAAGAAACAGAUGUAAAUUACCUCUACUUGAGCUCAAUGUUCUUUACAGUGUCUUGGGUGGACUCUAGGAUGCCAGUGCUGCUGGCCAGCCUUCUGUUGCUGAUCUCCUUGCAAAGGCUGGCUGUGUCCCACCUCAUGAUGGAUAUGGCGCUGCAUUCCUUUGAUGACCAGUAUCUGGGGUGCAGAGAGCAGAUGAUGGAAGAACUGGAGCGAGGAGACUAUUUCCAAAAGGAAAUAGCUGCUAACAAGGACUAUUUGAGUCUCUGGAGGAAAGCUCAGGAAGCUUUCUUAAAGAGCCCUGUAGGUCUCCUGAGAGAGAUGCAUGAGAGCCAUGCCAUAGUCCUCAUGGCUUACACCAUGAACUCUUCCCUGCACUCUCAGCUGAACUGGGCCACAUCUACAGCAGGAAGCUCUCCAGAGUACUACAGACACAACUACAGUUUCAAAUAUUUUCACUUUUACCUAACGACUGCUAUCCAGAUAAUGAAGCAGUGGCAGAGCAGCAAGGAGAGCAUGGGGAAACGUAAGUGCUACCGGGUGUACAGGGGUGUGAAAGACUUACAUAUUGAGGCCGUGAUAGGCAGCAGGGUGCGAUUUGGCCGUUUCACCUCCACCUCCCGCCUCUGGAAUGAAGCCCAGAAGUUUGGGAAUGAAACUUUGUUCAUGGUGACAACUUGCCUGGGAGCAGCUGUGCAAGGCUUUUCUUACUACACAUCUGAGAAGGAAGUCCUCAUUCCCCCUUACGAGAUGUUCCUUGUCAAAAGCUUCUCUUGGACACAGCAUGGUAGCCAGCUGCAGCUGCAUUCUGUGGGGAACUACAGCAAGUACCACUGCCAGCUCGUGGAAGCUUCAAGAAGCAAGAACAGUGGUUCCACUGCCCUCGCCUCUGCUGUUCUUCCUAGUGUAGUUGGAGUUUUCAUGUGCUUGGCCCACAAUGACUGAUUCUCUGGCUGCAUCCAGAUAUAUACACUUGAAUAGCAGGCAAGAAGAAUUCAUAGGAAAUCAGACUCUGGAGUUCCUGUUGUUACAGAAGGUUCACCUCUCCCUUUGCUUUCAGCUGCAGCUCUCCAACUGAGACUGGAACAUUCAGCCUAGUUCAUCAAAACAGACAUUCCCUGGACCCAUUCAGGUAGGAGGGCAGUUAUCUAUGGCCUUUCUGAAGAGUAGGGCAGUGACACUCUUCACUGUAGGUAGCUUUUCCCUUAGGCAUUCAAGAAAGACACACAUGGACUUUGGACUCUGUACAGAUCUCUUAGUAGCUUUAUUUUUAGUGAGAGUGAGUCUGUCUGUGGGAUGCAAAAGGCACCAUGGUGAUAAAGUCAAGUGGAUAACUGUGCAGCCUUGCAUAUCUCCUUUGCGUGCAGGGUCCCAGGGGACAGUAAAGUCUGUGGCUGCUGCAUAGCGGUCCUUCUCUUCUGCAUGACCCCAUGCACCAAAGCCAUAGCUCUCAUCUCAAGCUGACUGUCUGCAUCUCACACAUGGGGGACAGAAGCGAAAGUUGCCUUGAGACACGAACUUAGCAGCAGAGGAUCACGAGACUUGUUGGGCUUGUCUUCAGCCUUCAUGUUCGACUUUAGCAUUUCUUCUGAAAAACUCAGGCAGAUCCUGUGUUCAUAACAGUCCUCUAGUGGCUAAUGAAUACAUGCUGGUCAUUUCACACUGAAAUGAAGGGGAGCCUGUGGAGCCCACUGCUGUCUUCAUGGGUGUUGGAUGUGACUGAAAUUCAUUUACCUGCCUUCCUACUUCGCUGGUCUGCAAUGUCUACUGCUGGAGGUUGAAUCAACAUCACAAAUUGGAACUGGAAUGUCUAAUUUAGCUAUAGACUCCUCUCACUUUUAUGUGUUCAUUUGGCACUUCUGGAGCCUUAGACACCCAAGCCAGAACAGCUGUGAAGUUCUCCCAUCUCCAAAAAAUAACAGUGUGGAAAUGAUAAACAUUUUCUGCCUGCAAUUCCCCUUUCCAACAUGCCUUGCUUGCUUCUUCACCCCUGGUCCCUCACCCCCACUGACACUAGCCCUGGGCUGAGGCUACGGUCAGAGAGGUUAUCUCACUGGUCCAAGGAGACUAGCCAUGGUGAUUUAACUUUGCAGUGUAGUGAUCAAAUAAUUGAACUGAAACUCACUGAUGCAUUUCACAAAUUACCCCAGCUUUCAGUCACUGCUGAUCUUGGCAGGAAGCUGGAGUUCUGUAUUCACCAUCUCCUGUCCAAAACAGUAAGCAACAAGUAAGCUAUCCAAACAAGAUCUGAAUAUAAGGAGGACUGCA